AUGGCGACUGGGGCUAUACGGAAGAAGCUGGUUAUUGUUGGCGAUGGAACCUGUGGGAAGACUUGCUUAUUGAUUGUGUUCAGUAAGGAUCAAUUCCCAGAAGUGUAUGUUCCGACGGUCUUCGAGAACUAUGUCGCCGACAUUGAGAUAGACAACACUAGAGUGGAGCUGGCGUUGUGGGAUACUGCCGGGCAGGAGGAUUAUGACCGCCUUCGUCCACUCUCAUACCCUGAAACGGAUGUUAUUCUCAUGUGCUUCUCGAUAGAUAGUCCUGAUAGUUUGGAGAAUAUUUCGGAGAAAUGGACUGCUGAGGUCCAACACUUCUGCCCUAAUGUGCCAAUAAUCCUUGUGGGGAACAAGAAGGACCUCCGAAAUGACGAAAAGACUCGUGCAGAACUUGCAAAAGUUAAGCAGACAACUGUGACAACUGAGCAAGGAAAAGCCAAGGCCAUGCAAAUCGGUGCCUAUGAUUAUAUAGAGUGUUCCGCUAAGACGAAGGAGAAUGUCCGUAAGGUCUUCGAGACGGCAACUCGAGCUGCUUUGGAAACUUCGAAGAAGUCAAGGAAGAAGCGGUGUAAAGUUCUAUGA